AUGAGCAGUGGAGUUUUGCUUCGGUUACCGGAGUCCCUGCUGAGAUGCCAGUCUUGGAGUUUUGUAAAAGGUUUACAGCAGGUGAGGUGGCAGUCGAAUACCUCUGGUAAGCUUUUGAAUCCACUGGAGGAAUACAACAGGCAGGUGAAGAUUGGUAAACUACGGGAUGAUUCCUACCAGAGAGGGAUAAUUAAAUACUUUGUAUCAAGUUUACAUGACAAAUUACUAAAUUACAAGCCACCUCAAGUCGAGGAGAUGUCCAUCAUACAUGUACAUAAACACAACAGCUGGCGGAGCAAAUUGCUUUCGAGGAUGAAAACACCCUUUGGGUCGUCCUCAGAAUCUGGCGCUGAGGUCGGUGAUAAAAUUCCGCAAGGUAUUUACCUAUACGGGGAUGUAGGGUGUGGCAAGACAAUGCUUAUGGACUUGUUCUACUCAACCAUUUCUUCCCAUUUGUCCAAGAAAAGAAUACACUUCCACCAAUUCAUGCAGUAUGUCCACAGAAGACAACACGAGAUUGUCAAAGAAUACCAGGAAUACACUGCAAGCGAUUCACAAGAGGUCGAUACCAUUCCCUAUUUGGCCGCUGAGAUUGCCAGAAAGGCCCGUAUCUUAUGUUUCGAUGAAUUCCAGGUGACCGAUGUCGCAGACGCGAUGAUUCUACGCCGAUUGAUGUCGACUCUACUGUCGAAUGAGUACGGUGUCGUUUUGUUCGCAACCUCGAAUAGACACCCUGAUGAAUUGUAUAUCAACGGUGUUCAAAGGAAGUCGUUUAUACCCUGUAUUGAGUUGAUUAAAAGACGCACCGCGGUCACGUACUUGAACUCUCCGACGGAUUACCGGAAAAUUUCGAGACCUACCUCGUCCGUCUAUUACUUCCCUACCAGCAAUUUGAAGUAUUACUCCCGUGAGUGUGCUCUAUUCAGACAACAUCACAUUGAGGAGUGGUACAAGUACUUCGCACAAGCGAAACACACGGACGAUUCUACGACUGGCAUUGAAAGUGUCCAUAAAACGUUCAGGGAUUACCCGUUGACAAUCUGGGGCCGCGAGUUCAAAGUGCCCAUAUGUACCCCGCCCCGGGUGGCACAAUUUACUUUCAAGCAGUUGUGUGGUGAGCCGCUAGCUGCGGGGGACUACUUGACGCUAGCCAAGAAUUUCAACGUCGUUUAUGUCACAGACAUUCCGUACCUAUCCAUCUACGUGAGAGACCAAGUGAGAAGGUUCAUUACCUUCCUGGAUGCAGUGUACGAUAGUGAUGGCAAGCUGGCAACCACGGGUGCUGCUGACUUCACGUCGUUGUUUGUAGAGCCAGAGGCCAUCUUGAACGACUACGAAUUGAAGGAGGAUUCACCUGCGCGGGACGCUCAAUCGGAUGCUGAAGUCUCCGAGGAGGACGAACUGAUCAAGAAACACGGGUUUUCGAAGGAGAUUGCCAAGAAAUCCCAGAUGUUUGCCCUAGAUGAGGAGAGGUUUGCGUUUGCCCGUGCGUUGAGCAGACUCACCCAAAUGAGCACUACGGACUGGGUUUCUAAGUGA